AAACAGUUACCUUGCUAGCAGAAGUUUGGUAUUGUUGGAUAACCUGCCAGCAGGCUGGAGAGGAGAAAAAAUGCAGGAUGCUCAAACCUGACCACUUAAAGGGAGGAAGCAGGAACCUGUCUGUGCUUCUGGYCGCUUGGGAUCUUGGUGACUCCUCUCAAGGGUGUAAUUUGCUUUGGAGACRGCAGGAAACCAAAGUGGACGGCUGAAAGGACUGAAGAAGUGACCGUGCGAGGUUCAGAAGUGCGGGGGGGAGGAGGAACUUGGAGAGGAAACCGUUCACCGGACGAGAAAGCGGUGGAAGGGGCCUGGAAAAGCKUGAACUAAUCCAGUGGUGAACGCCUUCAGAAGAGUGCCGGUGGUGAAGGAAGGGGAGGGAGUGKGAUACCCAGCAUGCAGGCAGCAUGGAAAGGGUGAGGGAGCAGCGGCCUUUCUGCUCGCUGUCCAAGAGCCAGAGAGAGCGGGAACGAGACUGCGAGAGAGACCAGGAYCGCGAGCGGCGCUACACCGCCUCCUCCACUGACCGGGACGAGGGAGCCUGUCGAGUUCCCACUCAGAAAUCCUACAGCUCCAGCGAGACCCUGCAGGCCUUCGACCAUGACCCCUCUCGGAUGCUGUUUGGAGGCAGAGUCAAGGAGAUGGUGCACAAGGAGGCAGCAGAGUACACCAGGCCAGGACAGACAUUUUCAUUGAGGCAACUUGGGAUUUGUGAGCCACCGGCUCGCAGAGGCUUGGCUCUCUGCCCCGAGCCCGGCCGGUCCCACCCCCUCAGCAGCUACGCCAGGGGGCCGACUGUCACAGAAAACCAUGAACCUGUAUCACCGGAACGUACCAUGGCUCUUUGGGGAACGGGGGCAAAAUCUGGUCAGAAUUCAUGCCUCUCCAGCCGCUCUAACUCAGCGCUCACGCUCACUGACACGGAAAUGGACAAUAAAUCGGACACCGAGAUGGGUGACCAUCUGUCCAGUCAACAAGCCCCGCCUCCCCUCCCACCGGCCCCGCCCCCACACAAGCAGCACCCGUCCAUCACCUCGCUGAGCCGCAGCUCGCUGGCCAAUCAAAGGAGCCCGAGCCCACCCCCUGCAGCCGGCCUGGCGGCUGACUUGCAGAGCACGGCGGAAUGCGUCCAGCUGCAGGACAGCUGGGUGCUGGGCAGCAAUGUGGCCCUGGAAAGCAGGCAUUUUCUUUUUAAAACUGGAACAGGAACAACCCCUUUCUUUGGCGCCGCGGCUCCCGGUUACACCAUGGCAACGGGGACCGUUUACUCCACACCUGCACGCCCUUUGCCCAGAAACAGCCUGUCCAGGGGAGCUUUCAAGUUCAAAAAGUCACCCAAGCAUUGUUCCUGGAAAUGUACCGCRCUGAUUGCUGUGGCCAUAGCAGUGGUCCUCUCCAUCAUCCUCUGCUACUGCAUAGCAAUGCACCUUUUCGGACUCAACUGGCAGCUCCAAGAACUGGAAAACCAGCCGGCUUUUGAGAACGGAGGAGUUGGGAAAAUGGGGCCAACUCAGAUGAGCAUAGUGACAGCUCUGGCUGCUGAUGGGAAAACUGGCAUCUUUCAACACGAGAACAACUCCAUUGACACGGGGCAGGUUGACAUUGGGAAGAGAGUGGCUCAGAGCGUCCCACCGGGGGUGUUCUGGCGCUCUCAGCUGAACAUGGACCAACCACGCUUUCUUAAGUUCAACAUCUCAGUACAGAGAAGCGCGCUGAUAGGAGUGUACGGAAGAAAGGGUCUUGCACCAUCUCACACUCAGUAUGACUUUGUUGAGCUGCUGGAUGGGAGCCGGCUUAUUGCCAAAGAGCACUGGGCACUGAGUGAAACGGACACAAGAGCUCGGCUAGAUCAUCCGGUCACCGUCCACCAAGCGGGAUUCAUCCAGUACCUGGACUCAGGGGUGUGGCACUUUGCCUUUUAUAACGACGGGCGAAGCAUGGAAGUCGUCUCCUACAACACCAUCAUCCAGGAGUCGGUGACAGAAUGCACACACAAUUGCUACGGGAAUGGGGAGUGUGUGGCAGGAUCGUGCCACUGUUUUCCUGGAUUCAUAGGACCUUACUGCUCCAGAGCUGCCUGCCCCGUGCUGUGCAGCGGUAACGGCCAGUACACCAGGGGGCGCUGCCAGUGCUUCAGCGGCUGGAAGGGCACGGAGUGUGACGUCCCUGCCUCCCAGUGCAUCGAUCCUCAAUGUGGGGGACAUGGACUCUGUGUGGCGGGAAAUUGUGUGUGCAACACCGGCCACAAAGGAGUCAACUGUGAUCAAGUGGACUGUGUGGACCCGACGUGCUCCGGUCACGGAGCCUGUCAUCAUGGUGAGUGCCACUGUAACCCGGGCUGGGGAGGGAUCAGCUGCGAGAUUCUGAAGAGCACUUGUCCAGAGCAAUGCUCCAGUCACGGCACAUUCAACACCGACACGGGGACCUGCAUCUGCGAAGCCAAGUGGACGGGGGCCGACUGCUCUAUAGAGGUGUGCGUGGUGGACUGCGGUCCCCACGGCUCCUGCAUCGGCGGCGUGUGCCACUGCGAGGAAGGUUGGGCGGGACCGGAGUGCGAACAGAGGGACUGUCACCCACGCUGCAUCGACCACGGAGUCUGCCGGGAGGGCAAGUGCGACUGCCACCAGGGCUGGACGGGUGAACACUGCACCAUCGCCUUGGAUUCCAGAGUAUCAGGAGCAGUCAAGAUAGGAUAUAAAGACGGCUGCCCCGGGCUUUGCAACAACAACGGGAGGUGCGUCCUGGAUCAGAACGUCUGGCACUGYAUCUGCCAGUCAGGAUGGAGAGGGCUCGGCUGCGACGUCGCCACUGAAACGCUCUGCUCYGACGGCAAGGAUAACGAGGGAGGUUUGACCUCUUGGCGAACGGCGGCGCCUCUUUGACGCUGAGUUAYGAGCGAGCCCCGUUCCCCACGCUGCACCGCACCGUGUGGCUGCCCUGGAACGUUUUCCACGUGAUGGACACUGUGGUGAUGAAGCGGGAGGAGAACGACAUCCCCAGCUGUUACCUAACAGGCCUGGUCAGGCCCAACCCCCUCAUCCUGGCCUCACCACUCUCCACUUUGUACAAAACCUCCCCAGAAGACAGUCCCAUCAUCCCCGAGACACAGGUACUUCACGAACAAGUGGCCAUACCRGGCAGUGACCUCAACCUGGUCUACCUGAGCUCCAGGGCAGCUGGCUACAAGCCCAUCCUCAAGGUGCUGCUGACCCAGGAUCGCCUCCCCUUUGGCCUUAUGAAGGUGCACCUGAUGGUGGCCGUCAUGGGCCGUCAGUUCCAGAAGUCUUUCCCCGCCUUCCCCGACCUCUCCUACACCUUCAUCUGGGAUAAAACAGACGCCUACAAUCAGAAGGUCUUCGGCCUGGCAGAAGCUGUGGUGUCAGUGGGAUAUGAAUACGAGUCCUGCCUUGAUGUGGUGCUGUGGGAGAAGAGGACGGCCAUGUUGCAAGGCUACGAAUUGGAUGCCUCCAACAUGGGAGGGUGGAUGUUAGACAAACACCACAUAUUGGACAUUCAGAAUGGCAUCCUGUACAAAGGAAGCGGGGAGAACCAGUUCAUCUCCCUCCAGCCCCCGGUGAUUUCCACCGUGAUGGGGAAUGGACGGCGCAGGAGCAUUUCCUGCCCCAGCUGUAAUGGGCAGGCUCAGGGCAACAAGCUGCUGGCGCCAGUGGCUCUGGCCUGGGGCAUUGAUGGAAGUCUCUAUGUUGGCGAUUUCAAUUUCAUCCGCCGGAUCUACCCAUCUGGGAAUGUGACAAGUAUCAUGGAGCUCAGAAAUAAAGACUUUAGACACAGCAACAACCCAGCACACCGAUAUUACCUGACAACCGAUCCGGUGUCCGGCCAGCUGUACGUGUCGGACACCAACUCCCGCCGAAUCUACCGGCUGAAAAUCCUGAGCGGAACCAAGGACCUGCAGUCCAACGCAGAGGUGGUGGCAGGAACCGGUGAACACUGCCUGCCUUUUGACGAGAACCAUUGUGGAGACGGAGGAAAAGCUCCAGAGGCCUCCCUCACCGGACCCAAAGGCAUCGCCGUGGACAAGAACGGGCUGAUUUAUUUUGUCGAUGGCACCACGAUCAGAAAGGUGGACCAGAACGGCAUCAUCUCCACUUUCCUCGGCUCCAACGACCUGACAUCGGCUCGGCCCCUGACCUGUGACAACAGCAUGGAUAUCAAUCAGGUGAUUUUAGAGUGGCCCACAGAUCUGGCAGUUAGCCCCAUGGACAACUCUCUCUAUGUACUCGACAACAAUAUAGUGCUGCGCAUCACAGAGAACGGUCAAGUCAGUAUUGCAGUGGGCCGACCCAUUCACUGCCCACUGGCCGGACUGGAGCGUGGYAUGGCUGGUGGUCAAAGGGCGCACUUGACUCCGCUAGAAUCGGCCGUUUCCAUUGCCAUCUCUUACCACGGGGCCAUUUACAUAGCAGAGACGGAUGAGAGAAAGAUGAGCAGGAUCCGGAAGAUUUCUGUGGAUGGCGAGAUAACACACUUGGCUGGAGCUCUCUCUGACUGCGACUGCAAGAACGAUGCCAACUGCGACUGUUACCAGACAGGAGACGGCUAUGCCAAAGACGCCAGGCUGAAUGGUCCGUCUUCAUUAGUGGCAGCUCCAGAUGGGACCCUCUACGUGGCGGACCUGGGGAACAUCCGUAUCCGCGCCAUCUCCAGAAACGGGCCAACUUUGACGUCCAGCGGCAGCACGUACGAGGUGGCCUCCCCCGACGCCCAGGAGCUGUACAUGUUCGACAUCAACGGCACACAUCAGCACACUGCCAGCUUGCUCACCGGCGACCUGAAGUACACCUUCAGCUACAGCACGGAGAACGACAUCACGGCUGUCACCGACAGCAGCGGCAACACCCUGAGGAUCCGGAGGGACGCUAAUCGCAUGCCCGUGCGCGUCGUCGCCCCAGACAACCAGGUGAUCUGGCUGACGAUGGGGACCAACGGUGGCCUGAAAACGCUCACGGCUCAGGGUCAGGAGCUCGUGCUGCUCACAUACCACGGCAACAACGGCCUGCUCGCCACCAAGACCUCAGAGAUYGGCUGGACAACUUUCUAUGACUAUGACAGUGAAGGUCGGCUAAUGAAUGUGACGUUCCCCACUGGAAUGGUGAAUAACCUGUACACGGACAUAUACAGUGCUUUGAUGGUGGACAUCGAAAGCUCCUUGACGGAGGAGGAAAUCAGCAUCACAACGAAUACCUCGAGCGUCCGCGCCUUCUACACUCUGGCUCAGGACCAGUGUAGAAGUAGCUAUCAAGUAGGCUAUGACAACUCUCUGAGGAUUACCUACGCCAAUGGGAUGGACACCCACUACCAAACAGAGCCUCACAUCCUAACAGGAGCUGCCAACCCGACUGUCGCCAGGCGCAACAUGAGCUUGCCAGGAGAGGUUGGGCAAAACUUGGUUGAAUGGCGCUUCCGGAAAGAACAAGCCAGAGGGAAAGUUAUCGUGUUUGGACGCAAGCUAAGGGUGAAUGGACGAAACAUUCUCUCUGUUGAUUAUGAUCGCACCCUGAGGACAGAGAAGAUUUACGAUGACCACAGGAAGUUCCURUUAAAAAUUAUAUAUGACACUGCGGGCCACCCGGUCCUGUGGAUGCCCAGCAGUAAGCUACUACUGCCAGUUAAUGUGAGCCGCACAAGCACUGGGCAAAUCAGUGCCCUGCAGAGAGGUCCCACCACUGAGAAGCUKGAGUAUGAUGGCCAAGGUCGCCUGAUUUCCAGGGUGUUUGCGGAUGGGAAGAUAUGGAGUUACACCUAUCUUGAGCAGUCCAUGGUUCUCCUGCUCCACAGUCAGCGUCAGUACAUAUUUGAGUUCGACUCACUCGAAAGACUUUCUGCUGUCACCAUGCCAAGCGUAGCCCGCUACACCAUGCAGACCAUCCGUUCAGUGGGCUACUACAGGAACCUUUAUCACCCACCAGAGAGCAACUCCUCAGUCGCUGUGGACUACAGUGAAGAUGGCCUCCUCCUAAGAGUAGCCCACUUUGGAACAGGUCGUAGAGUCCUGUAUAGGUACCGUCGGCAGAAUAAGCUCUCAGAGAUCCUAUAUGACAGCACAAGGGUCAGCUUCACCUACGACGAGACAGCAGGGGUGCUGAAGACCGUCAACCUGCAAAAUGAGGGUUUCAUCUGCUCCAUUCGGUAUCGGCAAGUGGGCCCCCUGGUGGACCGGCAGAUUUUUCGCUUCAGCGAGGAUGGCAUGGUCAAUGCACGCUUCGAUUACACCUACGACAGCAGCCUGCGUGUCACCAGUGUUCAGGGUGUCAUCAAUGAAACUCCCCUACCCAUCGACCUAUACCAGUUUGAUGACAUCUCAGGAAAAAUCGAACAGUUUGGAAAAUUCGGUGUCAUCUAUUAUGAUAUAAAUCAAAUCAUAUCUACGGCAGUCAUGACAUACACAAAGCACUUUGAUGCACAUGGACGGAUCAAAGAGAUCCAGUAUGAAAUAUUUCGCUCACUGAUGUACUGGAUUACGUUCCAGUAUGAUGAUGUUGGAAGAGUCACUAAAAGAGAGCUCAAAAUUGGCCCCUUUGCCAACACCACCAAGUACAGCUAUGAAUAUGAUGUGGAUGGCCAGCUUCAAACUGUGUACUUAAAUGAAAAAGUAAUGUGGCGUUACACAUAUGACCUAAAUGGAAAUCUACACUUGCUGAAUGCUGGAAACAGUGCCAGGCUCCUGCCCCUGCGGUAUGACUUGCGAGACCGUAUCACUCGAYUGGGAGAUAUCCAGUACAGAAUGGACGAUGAUGGUUUUCUUCGUCAACGAGGAGCAGAAAUCUUUGAGUACAACUCAAAAGGACUCUUGGUGCGGGUCUACAGCAAGAGCAGCGGCUGGACAAUUCAAUAUCGMUACGAUGGACUUGGUCGCAGAGUGUCAACCAAAAGCAGCUUGGGCCAGCACUUGCAAUACUUCUAUGCAGACCUGAGCUACCCGGCAAGGAUAACUCAUGUGUACAAUCACUCCAGCUCGGAGAUAACUUCAUUCUACUAUGACCUCCAAGGUCACCUAUUUGCUAUGGAGAUCAGCAGCGGAGAAGAGUUCUACAUUGCUUGCGAUAACACUGGCACGCCUUUGGCUGUCUUCACCAGCAAUGGACUUUUGGUCAAACAGCUCCAGUACACUGCAUAUGGUGAGAUAUAUUUUGACUCUAACCCAGACUUCCAGCUGGUGCUUGGGUUUCAUGGAGGACUAUAUGAGCCGCUGACCAAACUGCUGCACUUUGGAGAGCAGGAUUAUGAUAUAAUGUCUGGCAGGUGGACCAUUCCAGAUAUCUCAGCUUGGAAACACAUUGCCAAAGAUCCAGCGCCUUUUAAUUUGUACAUGUUCAGAAAUAAUAACCCCAUCAGCAAAGUCCAUGAACUGAGAGAGUAUGUUGCAGAUGUUAACAGCUGGCUUGUAACAUUUGGGUUUCAUCUCCACAACACUAUUCCUGGGUAUCCAGUUCCAAAAUUUGAUCUAAGCAUGCCAUCUUAUGAACUAGGGAAGAGUCAACUCUGGGAUGAUCUGCCGUCUAUCUCUGGGGUCCAGCAGGAAGUAACCAGACAAGCCCAUUCUCUCUUGUCGUUUGAGCGGCUGCCAGAGGUCCAUCUCAGCCGAGGUCGGAGAGGUGAAAAGUCUUGGCUCUGGUUCUCAGCUGCAAAGUCUCCCAUCGGAAGAGCUGUUAUGUUCGCCAUCUACAAGGGCAGUGUCCACACUCACACACUCAACGUGGCAGGCGAGGAUUGCAUUAAGGUUGCAACAAUCCUCAACAACGCCUUUUAUCUGGAAGACCUCCAUUUCACCAUCGAAGGACGGGACACACACUACUUUGUCAAGCCGGGCCUUCCAGAUUCGGACCUAGCUGCGCUGCACCUCACCAGCGGACACAAAACUCUAGAGAACGGCGUCAAUGUGACGGUGUCUCAGUCCACCACAGUUAUGGACAGCCGGACUCGCCGUUUCGCGGAUGUAGAGAUCCGUGCCGGCGCUCUCGCGUUUCACAUUCGCUAUGGCUCAACGGUGGAUGAGGAGAAAGCGCGGGUCGUUGAGCUGGCGCGUCAGCGCGCUCUAGCGGGCGCUUGGGCCCGGGAGCAGCAACGAGUGCGAGACGGCGAGGAAGGGGUUCGCCCCUGGACAGAAGGAGAAAAGAGGCAGCUACUGAGCGGCGGAAAGGUUUUGGGCUACGAUGGAUACUAUGUGCUUUCCAUCGAGCAGUACCCAGAAUUAGCAGACAACUCUAAUAACAUUCAUUUCCUUCGGCAAAGUGAAAUUGGGAAAAGGUAACAAUUUGAGGUGCAUUGUUUGCCAAAGAGACUUGUUUUGGUAGGGCUGUAAAAGCGGACAAAAUGAAAAGCAACUGAAAUAGUUGCUGACAUGUACAUUGGGUGUUGUUUUCUUUUGUAAAAAAAAAAGGUGAUAAAAGAAAAAGGAAAAAAUAGAUUAAAAAAUAAAUAAAAAAAAUGAAAAUAGAAUAAAGAAUGAAAUAAAGUGGGUCAAAAGCAAUGCUGUGCAUUGUGGCCCAAAGACUUGAGAAUAAAUGUACAACGACACUAAGCCUUAACAUGGCAAUUACAGGUGAGUUCCUCUGUAGCACAAGCCUUCUGGACUCUGGACUCGGAAGCAGAGGAACAACAGUGCUUUUAACAAGACGCUACGCUUAUGUAGGUGUUUUAUGUUUGAUUUUUAUGUUCUCAUUAAAAAAAAGCUUGGCUUAACGGAGUGUUAUGGGAACAGAGGAAAUGUUUACAUAAUGCAUAUCUGCACUUUUCUAGAAGUACCAGGCUCAUGGAUUCACAGAGCAAGCAGUGUUCUUGAAAAAAAAUUUUUGGUUUUUAAAAUCAGAGACUUCUGAUGUUUAAAAUAUUCUCACAAAACAACCACUAUGUAUACCAGAUUUAGCACUGUAAACAUCAAACUGUCCUUAUUUUCUUUGAGAUGCUUUUAAAUGGGGGGAAAAAAGAUGCUUAAAUACUCAGUAGUAGUUGUGGAAAACAAGUGCAGAAAUGAUGUGACGGAACUCUUUUUGAUGAUGUGAAGCAGCACAGGUGUGUCUUGGAUAUCACAGGGACACCAUGUUUUGUAAAUUAUCCAAGAGUUUUAUGCAGUUUUUUUUUCCUUUUUGUUUUGUUUCUUUUUAAGAAACUGAAUAUAUGUCUGUACAAGUCAUUAACAGUAAUUAUGUUGUGUUUAUACAUAAAUAAAGUCAAGCUGGUUUUAAUUUC